AUGGCAGACCCUGGUGUCUACGACUUCCUGAAACAAACAAUGGAACCCUCCACCAGAAAAGCCACACAAUCUUCCCGACUGUUCUCGUGCCUCUACUGUAAUCGCAAGUUCUGUACUUCUCAAGCAUUGGGCGGUCACCAGAACGCUCACAAGCGUGAAAGAGCUGCAGCUAGAAGAAGCUACAGCACAGAAGAGAGGUUUGGUCGACUCCAGAACGAACCCACCACGGUGGAGAUGAACUUAAAUGCUCCAUACUGGUUUGACCCACUCCGGCCCUUCCAACACGGCUCCACCUCAGGCUCUGUUGGUGUUGUUCAUGGCGGUGGUGUCUCCACUCGGGAGCCUCUCUCGCCCAACAAUGACUCUGCUGACAACGAAAACGUUGACCUGACCCUCCGUCUAUAAGUAUAAUCUCUCUCUAACUCCACUAGUACGUUAACUUGCUUUU